CGAGGGUUAACGAGCCGACUUGUUUGGAAGGUACGAUCCACAGGAUGUAAAUAGCUGUUUGGAAUAUAUCUAAAUCAGUUGCAGACUGUUUUCCCCAUCGAGCCUGCAGCGGGUGAAAAGAAAAAAAAAACCCGAGGGUGAUUGAGCUUCAUUCAACGAGCUGAAAGGAAAAAAAUCACUGAAAGGACUCGAAACUUCAUCGAUCAGAUCAUAUCAGAUGAUCAAGCUGAAUAAGUGGAGUGAACCAUACUGUGACCGGAUAUUUUGCAGAAUAUAAGAACUAUAGGAACAGAAACAGCAUAACAAAGUGGUGUCAGGUUGCUUUUUGAGUUCUGCAGUUGUUAAGGUGAGAGAAUUUUAUGCUGGAAGAGACAGGGCUUUUCGAUCGUAAUGAGAAGAGACAUGCAGUCCUGACUCGGCCCAAUUUGAUAUCCAUUCCUUUCAUUUCGUAUGUUACGAUAUAAAUUUCUUAAAGUUUACGUAUGCGGACUCUUUCGGAUUUGUCACUUAACCAGCAUUCUCCAGAUUUAACCAGUUUUCAACGUGAAAUCAUUCCUAAAUUUCCUGUUAACUGACACAAAUUCUGCAAAAUUGUAAUUAUCGAAAUUGCCUUAUCAUGACAUAAUUUCUUGACCCUAGCACUUUCUCCACGUCAUUUGACAGUUUACAUAAGCAAUUAAAGAAAAAUAUUUUAUUUAAGCCCCACACUGCUCUAAAAAAAGCCAUAGUCCCACAAGUUAUGCAUCGUUUUCGCUAGUGUUUUCUUUAUUUAACAACUGUGACCAUAAGGAAGUAGGAGGCAGUACGGAAAUCUUGUCGUCUUCAAAUUUCUUGGAGUGGAUUAUAUGACCGAAGUGAUCAUCAUGUUUUCUUCUAUUGUAUUCGAUUCAGUUCAUCUGUUUUGAACGUCAAUAGACUAAAUAUUCGUAUCCAUUUUAAAUGGCAUUUAUUUUGCACUUAUCUGAAUAUUUUGCAAAUUUUCAAGUUGCUUUAAUUCUCAAUUGUUAAUGUUUCUUUAUAAUGUGGUCCGGCUGGUAUGUGGUUCGCGACUUCUUACAUUUUUGAAUUUUCAUUAUGCCUUUUAAUGUCGUGCAGUGAGGUUUUUAUCCGUAUGAUAUUUAUUCUUCUUCCUUUCAGAUUGUUUUGAUAGAUACUUGACAAACAAAAAUUAACACUUUCGAAAGUGACGAUAAUUAAAAAAAAUAAUUAUUUUAUCAUAUCAUACGAUAACUUAUACAUGUAUAUCAUAUUAUAAACUGCAGCAGGCCAUCAUGGAAAUCAGCUUUAAGGUGAACUGCACUAGCCUAUUUAAUCCUUAACACCCUUACAUCAGUAUGCAUAUUCUCCAUACUGUUCUCUAUACAUUUUCUAAGGUGCUGACAAGGGGAAUUUGUCCAUCAAUCAAGAGCUUCUUUAGUUUGUGAUUAUUUCUUUUAUUUUUGUGCAUGACCUUAAUGUGUGAUUCAGGGGUGAUAUUGUAAGAAGAAGUCAGAUGCUAGUUACUCUGACUUUUACCAUGACAUGUAUGUUUUUAUUGUUAGAUUGUUACAAAAAUAGUUAUGAUUAUUAUACAUUGAACUUCCUGUUUCUUUUCUGACUCAAUCAAUAAAUCAAUUGUUUAUUUACCCACAUAGUGUCUGGUGAGCUGGAAAGCUCAUUCAAAAUAGGUAUGUGCUAAUAUAGAAUAGCCUUAAAACAAACAGAAUUAAAAACAUAUUAUAUAUGUAUUAAACAACAUAAAAAUUUUUCAUAAAAAACAGAACAUGUACAACUAUAAAUGUCACUAUAUUAGGAUUAAGAUGACUAAAAAUUCUGUAAAUAAGAAUGGAAUGGAUAACAGCUGAUUUUAGUUUAAAAAAAAAAGAUGGAAUUAAAAUGAUUUAUUCUAAGUCAAUGUCACAAACUUUUUUUUUGUUCAAAGUGUAAUAAAACAAUCAUUAGAUUCAGUUUUUGUGAUAUCCAGUAUUUUCUCGGUAAGGGUUAUGAGCUGAAGCCAAAGGCUGAGGCUGAUUACCCCUACCUCCACCUUGAUUGUUCUUGAUAUCACAAAAAUGUCAUCCAAUAAUUGUUUAUAAUUGCACUGUUACUAAAAAUGCAUUCAAAUCAUUUGUUUUUUUUUUUUUUUGUUCUCUCAGAAUCUUUCAGCAACUGGAAUAUGCCUGUACCCGCAUGGCUGAAGCUAUGUCGACCCACAAUAGAGCCAGUGAUCUUCCUUUAUGCAUAUGGUCUUUUUAUGCAUAUGCCAGUCAUUCAGCAAUAUGUGUACAAACGUGUUAGUGUUGCCAAGAAUUUCCCUUAUUCAUCCUCAACAAAGGAGAGAUGCCAAAACCAAACACUAAAUACAACUCUCAAAGAACUGGAAAAGGAGGUAAUGUGAUACAAAAUAAUUAAGACAAAUUUUUAUUUUAAAAAUACUUCAUUUGACUCUGCUCAAGUGAUAUGUGUUCAUUUAAUUUAGGAACUUGUUGCAUUAUCAGUAAUAGAUGGUGUGGAAAAUUUUUUUGUGCGAGAAAGUAAACAUUGCAAUUUUUAGAUUAUCAUAACUAUAAUAAUAUUUUCACCCUUUAACUGUCAAGAUCUGAUUGUUAAUUGAUGCCCCUCUAACUGCUACACAAUUCUUUGUCAAUUAGCUAAUAUGAGAAUUUGGUGUCAGAUCAAGAUAACAACUUUUCAAUGAUAAGUUUGAAUGUUCUCAUUGCCUGUUUGCUGAGUAAUAUUUGAAUAUUAUGGGGGGAAAUUACAUAUUAAUCACUCCUUGGAAUUAAAGCUAUAAAGAUUUUGUCUUUAGGUUCAGGCUUUGUCCUCCUACAUCCAUUUGGGAGUAGUCAUGUUUGCAUCAAUCCCCUCUAUUUUCACCGCCCUCUUCAUUGGAGCCUGGACCGACACAGUGGGGCGUCGACCUGCAUUAGCCCUCCCUGCUAUUGGAAGCACCCUUGAAGCCUUAGUUGUAAUCCUUACCAUGUACUUUGAAUGGCCAAUUUAUGUUUUGUUUGUGGGAAGUGCCAUCAGUGGCAUGUGUGGUUUCUUCACAACAAUGGUGCUUGCAGUUAUGUCCUAUAUAGCUGACACUACUGAUGAAUCAGACAGGAGCUUCCGGUUAGGUAAGUGUCUUAAAAGACCUUGGAGUUAUCUCUUUUGCCUUGGAUCCCAUUUGGGGGAAGGAAUAUUUGGUAAAUUUUUGCUUAGUAUUUGCCACAGGCCUCUCAUAUUCCCUUUCCCAUAAUAGUUUUUUUUGUGGCCAAUUACGAACCCCAUCUUACUUGAUCACUUUUGGGCAUCUAAAUUGUGUGCAAAAAUUCUUAUGCUGGUGAAUGAAGAAAGUUGAACAAAAUGUUCCCAUUUUUUAAAUCCUUCUCGUAAAUUUCGCUAAAUUUUAAACCUCGCAUGCCUGAGCCCGCGUUGUUGACCGCAUACCUGUGACUUAGCAUUUCGUUAUUCAGCUCUGCUACCCCAAGGGGGUUAACCUUUUUCUUAUUUUUUUCUCUCCCACAGCCAUUAUGGAGUUGCUUGUGUUCAUUGGUGGAAUGAUCAGUCAACUCACCAGUGGCCUUUGGAUAGAAAAGUUCGGUUUUGUGGCUCCGUACUGGUUUAUAUUUGGCUGUCUCCUCGCUUCAGUCUUUUAUGUGAUUUUCUUCGUUCCAGAAUCAAGGCCCUCUACCUCCAAGGAUGGCAUGAUCCGGAGACUGUUCCGUUUGACAAGCGUGAAACGGGUGUGGUACGUGUACAAGUUUCCGAGAAAUGGGACGAGAAGAAAUCUGAUAAUUUUCACAUUGUCUACUGGGGUGGUAGUUCUAACCAUUCUUGGUAUAAGUGGAGUGACUGUGCUGUUUUUGCUCCACAGUCCGCUUUGUUUUUCGGCAGAAAAGGUUGGGUAUUUCUCAGCUUUCCGUUACUUAAUAAACGGAAUUGGUGCAGUCCUUGGUAUAAAGCUGUUAGGAAAGUGUUUUAGUGAGAUCAACAUUGCCAGAAUUGGGAUCAUCUCUCUCGCAUCAGGGUUGUUAGUGUUUGGGUUUUCAAGGAAGGAGUCGUUGGUGUUUUUGUGUAAGUACCUCUCAUCCUAUAAAACAUUUAAAAAUAAUUAUUUAAUUAUUACUUGCAAAAGCAUCACACUCGACAUUCCUAUCCUAGCGGUAUACAGGAGGCUUGUCACCAUGGAUUUAGUCAACCCUUUAACUCCCAUGAGUGACCAAGACAGAAUUUCUCCCUACAAUAUCAAUACAAUAUUAAGCAGACAAGUGAUGCGAAUAAAGAAAAAUAUCAAUUAUGGGAUUGCUAAUUGAUCUGAUACCAAAUUCUCCAACCAACAUAACGAGAAUCGUUUGGCAGACAGUAAGGAGAAUUACUAAUGAGAUCUUGGGAGUUAAAGGGUUAAACGGCCGAGCCUACCUCGAGUCUUCUAUAACUUAGUAGGAGAGCGUCCGAAGUACUGAUCUGAAUGUCGUAGGUUAGAUUCCUAUUUGGAGUACUCGGAUUUCUUUUUCUCCGAGUAUGCCUGUGCGAUUCACUAAAUAGCAUCAUCUUUCAAAGGAUAAACUGUCAUCGCUUUCGCAUGCGAUUGUGCAUACUUAAUAAGAGGGCACUUUUUUUCUUGUAGUUCCCCGUCUUCAUUUCAUGCGCGUUGUAGGCCAAAAAAGAGAGGUUACUGUUAUGAAGUGUCUCAUGAUUUCCUCUCUGGGGCGCGAAAACUGGCGAGUUUUCGCGCGAGAAUCAGGGCGAGAAAUAAGUUAGGGCGUUUCCCCGACAACAAAAUUUGCCGUUUGUUAUUCACCCACUCUUUCAGCCGCUUCCAAUGGCUGAGGGCCUGGAACAGGCUACAUUUAUAUAAAUCUUAAUGUUUCUGUUUCAAAUUCCCACCUGUGAGCCUUUUUUGUGUGGAUUUUCAAUAGCAAAUUUGUAUUUGUAUCAUUAGCUCCGAUUGCUGGUAUAUUUUCCGGAGCUGUUUCCCCCAUUUUCCGUGGAAUGAUGUCAAGAAGUGUGGGCGAGAAUGAGCAAGGUUAGAAAUCGAAUGCGCACCGUAAACCAUUCUUAUUUUUCAUAUUACUAGAGCACUACUCGAUUGAGUAUCGUAGAACCAAACCCAAAAGUUAUCACAACGGCGUAUGAGGAGAAAGGAAAGUACCCUUAAAAACCCCCCACAAAAAAAAAAAAAAAAUAAAAAACAACCAAACUGCCUCAAACGCGGGAAAACGCGGGCGACCAAAAAUGGCGCGAGAUUUUUUUGACCAAUCACAGAGCGAAGUAAAGCAAAACCGAUGCAACCUCGGAUUUCUUUCGACAGUCAAUUGAAAAUUGCUCUUUAAUGGUACCAAGCUAUUGGCUUAUAUUGUGGCACAUCGGCAUACAAGUGAAACUAUUAAUUAACUAGAGGCUGCCAAAAGUAGUGAAUCAACCAAAACAUUUCUUCUUUUUUAGGAGCUCUAUUUUCAGCUACAGCGUCAUUGGAAACCUUGUGUAAUUUUAUUGGUGCUUUCAUCUUCAACUCCAUGUACCCGGCAUCGUUAAAACAUGACUUUCCAGGAUUUGUGUUCUUUCUGGGAGCUUUGCUGUUGAUCAUACCGUUAUUAUUCACCUGGUAAGUUUAAACACAAAUACACGAAUGCUCUGUAGAAAUCUGUUGCAAACUUGAAAGAAAGCAUCGCCUGUGCUUUCGGCUUUCAUAUGGAUUUUUCACCAUUCACUUGUUGCUUAGGUUCCUUCCGACCCCUUCCUUUUGUUAUGUAGUUCUUGGCAUGUUAUCCUAAAGGGAAAUCGCUAGAAAAUAGGGUACAAAAGUAAGUAAUUACAACGGCCGGUAAGAAAAUAAAUGAUUCUUACUAAGAGCAAAUGAAAACUCAAAGUCAGAGCAAAGUAAAACAAGAAAACUGCCCAAAGCGCGCGAAAACACGAGUGAUCAGCGUGCCAUUUGCUAUCGUUUUGGAUCUGAUUGGUUGAGAGGAUGACACAAUGAUGGAAGUGACUUAAGGCGAAACCAAUGCAAUGCUGGCUAACUUUUGACACACAGUUGUAAAAUUAGUCUGCAAUAAGGAACCAAGAAGAACUACAAGUGUAAAAAGAACUAAUUUUCCUGGAGUGCGUGAAAAGUCGCGAGACCAAGUCGAAACUCCUUUUAGAUCAGUGUUCAGUGUCAAAAGUAGUCUGGGAUUUGAUUGGUUUUGCUGUUCUUCGCUCAGUGAUACGACCGACCAGAUAUGAUCUUUUUGACGCGCACAAAGCGGUGUGCUUGUAGCUUCUUGGAGUUCUUGUUUACCUCUUGGGAUGGUAAACUUUAUCUCAGGCUACUAUUGAGAUAAAUUAAUAAAGGGGGUAAAUUACAACAGGGUAAUUUAGUAUUACCAACUGAGGUGAUAACGUAAAUUAGUCGCCGUAAAGAGUUUUGGAGCUGACGUUUCGAGCGUUAGACCUUCGUCAUUCGUUUUGGUUUUACAACAAUGCAUCAAAAUGCGCCUUAUCCCAGUUUAGAUCAUCAAAGAAUUCAACAGACUAAUCGUUUUGGGAACUUCAUGUACACUUAUAGAGCGCUUUUCGAGCUUGUGUCAUGAAACCAGAAACCAAAGAAACAACACCCCAAUCAGAAGAAAGGUAGCUAUCCGCACGAAAAGCCAAUGAGAAGUAAAAAGCGAAUUCAAGCUAACUGCUGCAAGCGCGGGAAAGCGCGAGUAAUCAAGUCACGAUUGUUUGAAGUUUAGCAUUUGAUUGGUUGAGAGGGCGUGCGAACUUUCUUGACCAAUCACAGUGCAAUUGCUGUUUGCUUUUGAAGCUUUGUUUAUAAUUUCACAAACGGUGACAACUGAACGAGUAGUUUGCCCAACCGCUAAACAGUCAAACAUACUCUCGUCCUUUUAUCGCUGCUUUAACUCUAAUCGGCACGCAACCUUCUUCUGCUUAUUUUUGCAGCUGCUUGAAGAAUCCUGCAAGCUUCCUGUCAAAGAGAGAUUUAAUUAAAUCUAGCGAGCAGGAUGACAUGGAAAACAGUUUGAUAUCAGGCGCUAGAAGUAUAUCAAGUGAAUCUGAGGGGUCACCUCAGCCUAGCCCUACAGUGGGCAGAGGAUAUGAGGCGGUAGCAUGAAAACAAAAGCUGAUCUUUGAUGGAAAUUAGAGUUCUGAUGGAAAAAAAGGUCGACAUGUACAUUUAUGAUUCAUAAAAUAUUUUUGCUCGCGCGCGACUAAUCUAAGCGCAUCACAAUGACCAAACAUUCUCCAACAAAAACUGGGGGAUAUUUGAGGAUAUCACCCAAGUGAUAUUCCUCAUUUUUCAAACCAUACAUCCACUGAGAUAAGUCGUAAUUCAAGGUGAGAGAACGUUUUUUGGCUGUUACAGAAGAAGGGGCGCGCGUUGCAAAAUAUUUGAAGGACAAUUAUCACAAGAGUCUCUAUUUUGCGCGAAGAUAUGAUUGUAUAUUUGUCCUUGGACACUAUCUGUUCCUUGAAGCUCAAGGUUUAUCUUGGGGCUUCGUUCUCAGAAAACUGUUCGCAUCUUAAUUGGAGCAGAUUAAGUCCGCGGGCAAACAUCCGCGCACAUUUCCGCGACAAAUAGAGGUUAUUGUUUUUAUUUUCAUUUCUGAUUCAAACUAAAACUUAGGUUAAUAUUUGGUGAAGAGUAUCAUUAAGAAAUGUGAAAAAAAGUGGUAGGUUUUUAUCGGGAUAAACUCACGUGAGAAAAGCUUGUAAAUCACAUGUCGAUGUAGUCUUCUAGGUGUUCCGAUAGUUGCGGAAGAGCGGAAAAAACGAGAGAGGCGUGGGUCGGGUCGCGUUUAUCAGACAAACCAACCCAAACCUCCCUUUGCUUUUUCACUCCCCUUCCACAAUCGUGCUGUUAACUAUCGAGCUUCGUUUUACAAUUGGACGCCUGGAACAGGCCAGUAAAUCAUGAGUCGAUAAGGAAAAAAUCUUAUUUCCUCUAAAAGGGAUAUAUAUUCAAAUAGCAAUCCUCUUUGGAGAUGUUUUCGUCAUCUUAGCGGAAGUUUAUUGUUCGGUGAAAACCAUAUUGAUUAAUGAGAUCAUGCAUACCAUUGUAGUGCAGUGCACAGUUCUGCUUUCAAAUCAUUCACCAAGGGCUCGUGUGUGAAUAUCUGGCAGCAUGGCUGUGCAUUGUCAUCUGGAGUAACUUACUAGCAGAAUUUGUCCGAAAUGUAUUUCACCCUUUAUUAAGGUAAUAUAACGAGUCUACACUUAUUACACUGAAAAUGUAACUUUCAUAUAUUGUAAUGAUUAUUUAUGAAGAAAAAAUUGCAUUGAAACAAGAUAUAAAUUU